AUGGACCACCAGGAGCCCUACUCGGUGCAGGCCACGGCAGCCAUCGCGGCGGUCAUCUCUUUCCUCAUCCUCUUCACCAUCUUCGGCAACGCUCUGGUUAUCCUGGCCGUGUUGACCAGCCGCUCUCUGCGUGCCCCGCAAAACCUGUUCCUGGUGUCGCUGGCCGCUGCCGACAUCUUGGUGGCCACACUCAUCAUCCCCUUCUCACUGGCCAACGAGCUACUGGGCUACUGGUACUUUCGGCGAACAUGGUGCGAGGUAUACCUGGCGCUCGACGUGCUCUUCUGCACGUCCUCCAUCGUGCACCUGUGUGCCAUCAGCCUGGACCGCUACUGGGCCGUGAGCCGGGCACUGGAGUACAACUGCAAGCGCACGCCGCGCCGGAUCAAGUGCAUCAUACUCACGGUGUGGCUCAUCGCGGCUGCCAUCUCGCUGCCGCCUCUCAUCUACAAGGGAGACCAGGGCCCCCAGCCCCACGGGCGCCCCCAGUGCAAGCUCAACCAGGAGGCCUGGUACAUCUUGUCCUCCAGCAUUGGUUCUUUCUUUGCUCCCUGCCUCAUCAUGAUUCUCGUUUACCUGCGCAUCUACGUGAUCGCCAAACGCAGCCACCGCAGAGGUCCUCGAGCCAAGGGGAGCCCCGGGGAGGGUGAGUCCAAGAAGGUCUGCUCUGUCCCUGGCAGUGGGCCCUCCACCCCAGCCAAACUGCCAGCUCCGGCCACUCCUGUGGCUUCUGCCAGUGAGACCAAAGGAUGCUCCACGUUGUCUGAAAAAGAGGAGGAGAGGGAGAAGGAGGGGGAGACCCUUGAAAACCCUGGGACUCAGGCCUUGCCACCCAGCUGGGCUACCCUUCCCAACUCAGGCCGAGGCCAGAAGGAGGGAGUUUCUGGGGUGUCUCUGGAGGAAGAAGCCGAGGAAGAGGAAGAGGAGGAAGAGGAAGAGGAAUAUGAGCCAGGGACAGAGCCAGUGCCUGCUGCCUCAGCUUGUAGCCCACCCCUGCAACAGCCACAGGGCUCGCGGGUGCUGGCCACCCUGCGGGGCCAGGUGCUCGUGGGCAGGGCUGUCAGUGCCAUGGGCGGGCAGUGGUGGCGGCGGCGGACACAGCUGACCAGGGAGAAGCGGUUCACCUUCGUUCUGGCAGUGGUCAUCGGGGUCUUUGUGCUCUGCUGGUUCCCUUUCUUCUUCAGCUAUAGCCUGGGCGCCAUCUGCCCACAGCACUGCCGGGUGCCCCAUGGCCUCUUCCAGUUCUUCUUCUGGAUCGGCUAUUGCAACAGCUCCCUGAACCCUGUCAUCUACACUGUCUUCAACCAGGACUUCCGGCGCGCUUUUCGCAGGAUCCUUUGCCGCCAGUGGACCCAGACAGCCUGGUGA